AUGCUCGCCACGGCGUCUUCCCCGUCGCUCUUCUCCGCCAAUCCCUUCCACACCGCCUCGUCCACGUUCGGAAUGCAGACACUCACCAAUCAGGAGAAGGACGUGCUCCUGUUCAUGCAGCGGCUCAAGAGCAGCACGGCCCAACAAGAGACCGAGCGCUCCGUCUCUGACCCGGUCAUGUCCGUCGACGCCUACGCGCCCAGCCGCCCACUCGCCACUGCCGCCCACUCGCUCGCCCGCCGCCUCGUCUCCUGCUUCGCCCACCACCACCACAUCAUCAUCAUCAUCGCCAACCCCUUCAUCCCCAUCAUCAACCUCAUCGACCACUUCAUCUGA